AAACAGUCCCAUCGGCCGGCGGCCUACAUCGUAGGAGGAUCACUGAACUGGCUAUCUAACUUCACCGUGGGCUUCGUCUUCCCCUUUUUACAGAUGUCAGCGGGGUCUUACUGCUACUUGGUGUUUGGCAGCAUUUGUCUGUCCGUGGCCAUCUACGUCUACAUUGUCAUCCCAGAGACAAAGAACAAGACAUUCAUGGAGAUCAGCCAGAUGUUCUCCAAGAAGGAGGCAGUCCUAGAGACCCAGGGUCUGAUCCACGUGGACCAGCUGAAACUGAAGAAGAUGAAUGGCUACGGUGGGUUGGAACAUGCUUCACUGGAGUUCGACAGCUCUUCGUCUGUACCUUAAUCGAACUUAAGGUUCUCAUUGUGACUACAAAACAAUUAACAACUUCUUCUUCACCACUGUACUGUUUUGAUGUGUAGACAUGAACUAAAUACCACCUCACCUGAAGUCAGUGGGCUGUGGUUGGGUGUGCUGUAUGUACAAUUAAUAGCAUGCAGUUGUGGUAUUUGCAACUUCAAUCAAUUUAAUGUUUCAGUCUGUUUCAGCCAUUGGGUCUUAUUUUCAUUGCCGUCCAUUAGUAGUUAAUGGCUGAGAUCUGUGACCAAGGUGGCAUCACUGGAAAUGAGGCUGACGGGGCAAGAAACACAAGCAGUCAGACAUGUUGGAAACAAACCUCCAGGUUGGGCAUUCUGACGGAAAUUCUCUCGCAGGUUACAAACAUAUUUCCAGCAUUGACUUGCUGUCCUUACUGUAGUUAAGCACACCGUUUUUCCCUGUUCAAUAAGGGUUUAUUAGCAACACUUCAGGUGCUCCAACUUCAGUUUGGCUUCCAAAUAAAGUGGCUAAGAUAAUCAGAACAAUAAGUUGGUUUGUUUGUGCAACUUCAGUGUAUCAAUGUCCAACCUUGUUGGUUUCACAUGGGACACGAACAUAGCUCUCCUUGGUGAAAGUCUUGUGUGGACCUCUUCCAUACACAGACUUACGCAGACUCUCGUCGAAUACAAAGGUAAUACGCAAUGUUCACAAUGCAGUUUUGUUGCAUGGAAACUUUUUUUUUUUUGGAGACCGGGCUGCUAUGUCACCAUGUUCCCAGAUCUCAGCAAUUACUUUGACGAUUAAGAAUGAUGGUCAAACUAAUAUAAGACCCAAGUUGAAAAAUCUGAAUUGUGCUUUUUAAACUAUCAAAAAUAUGGUUCCUUUCAAUUUAGCUCUUAUUUUUGUAGUUCUGACCAUCGGUUUAAUAAGUACCCACCAAAGGGAGGGGGUGCAGAGUGCCGAGAUCUCGGAACAGUAAGGCGUCACUUAAAACAGCUUAAACAUAAACAAACUGUCAGACUAUUCAGAGCUUUGUAGGUGCUAGUAAGAAUGGGGACAGCGCCUUCCUACAUAGAAAGCUAGCUAGCUACAUCCAUGAAAAAUAGAGAUAGAAAAUGAAAGUGUGGAUGAGAUUGGCACAGCUGUAAAAGUUGCUGAAAUCUGACUUACAAAAAAAACUAUAACUCUUAAAUUGAUCUUCUUAAAAAACAUCUUCCAUCUAUCUGUAAACUGUAAUGGAUGUCUACAACGCAUGGCUAACCACAUGGUCAGAUAACAAUAGGUCAUUGUGGGAUGGGAUGUCUACUAUGACACUUUUAUAAAAAAUGUCCUGUUAGUUUAAGUAGUGUUUACAAUAAAAUGUGCACCGCUAGCUGUCAGCCACUACGUGCCUUUAUCCAUUGUUUGAAUCCCAGCGGAGUUUAAGUUGUACAUGAGCGUCCCACAUGUCAACAUGGUAAAACAAAAGGCAACGAACAAUAAAUACAU